AUGAGGCUGCUGUGUGUUUGGCACCUCGCAAACCGAAGUUGUGUUGUUGCGUGUGUUAAAUUAUCUUUGUGUGUAUGAAUAUAGUUGUGUGCGUCAUGUUCUAAAUAGUGUUUUUUUAAACCUUCAGCAUGGAUAAUAAUACUGUCAUCGAGGGAACAGUAAAAUUUCGUGAUGGGAAAAAGUGGAAAUCGAGGUGGUGCGUCAUGAGGAAACUUUCUCCAGUAGCAGACUGCCUGCAUCUACAACUCUACAGGGAUAGCAAGGACCGCUACAAACAGGGACAAACUAAAGCAUCCCUAUCUCUUCAGCACUUCCUGGGAGCGGAGUCCGGCUUCACACUUGACAAGGAAUCGAACACAAUCGCCAUUAUCUGCCAGGAUGUGACUGUAAUUCUUGCAUUUGAUACCAGGGAGAGGCUGAUCCAAUGGCAGGUCAAGAUCUCCAACAACCUAGGAGAAGAUCAGCAGUUCCUGAUACAGAUCACAUCAGCUCCACCCAAAGCGAAGAUAGCCACUGGUCCAGCCCGAUUACAUGUACAGGAUCAGCGGUUUUGCGUUACUAGUGGAGUUCCACCCCGGCUGAUCAACUUCUGGGAGAUAGGGCUGUUAAGGCGGUAUGGGGUGGUGGAGGGACGGUUCUGUUUCGAGGGUGGAUCACGCUGUGGUAAGGGGGAAGGCCUUCAUGUCUGUGUGACAGAUCAAGGGGAGGAAAUCACUCAGACCUUCCAGCUGGCAGCCCAGGGGAAACUUGCCACUCGACGGAGGCCUGUAUCCAGAAAGAUGUCAUCUAUGGACAGCCCUCGCAAACAGAUGCAUUCCAGAGCCGAAACCAGACACUCGGAUCUGACUUGCACUGAGUCCUUCCAGCAGCAGGUGCUGCCCUCUGCUGACACAACACGCAGUCUGCUCUGUGAUGCAGAGCCUUGCUGUUCAUGCUGUGCCACUGAGAGUGCCCAUGAUGCUUCCCGACAUCCAAGCUCUGAGGAUCUCCUGUGUCCUUGCAGGGUUCAUCGAGGUAGCAGCUCUCCAUUCUGGUCUUCAGCUGAAUCUGCAGCAGGGCGCCACCAUGCAGAUCUUGAUAGCAAUUAUGGCUGUGGUGAUACAGCGUCUGUUACGGAAAUCCCAGAACACUUUCACCAUCAGGACUCUGGGUGGUCCCUGGUGGCACCAGAUAUAGACCGCCGCACGGUACCAUCAAGCUUAGAGCGCUGUGCUAGCUGCAUCAGCAAGCUGGGGGCACCAUCCAUGUCCAGGUCGUCCACUGUUACCAAUACCAAUACCCCUACAGGAGCCCCUUUCAGCCCUGCCUGGACAAUGGACAGCAUGAGUAAUGUACCAGCACCACCUAUGCCCUGCCAGCACCAUUAUCAUAUCCACCACCCGCACUGCCACCAUCCACGCGCCAACACCAGUUGUGACCGCAUGUCCUUAUCAUCACACGGCAGCGGAGGGAGCAGUGGAAAUUCGGAGUAUUCCGUCCCACGGUUCAUCACCUCAACACCUGCACCUACUGGAGGAAGUGAGUCCUGCUGGUAUGAUCGUCCACGUACCAUAACCACAACACCGCCACCUUCACAUCCACCCAUACCUCCCAAAAGCCCAAAAACCCCGCCAGUUCCACAAUCUAAUCUUCAGCCAAAUCCUCCGAGUAGUAUGCCUCCACAUCCUUCACUGGGGAGUCUGCCAGAGGUGUGCAGAUGUCAAUACUGUCCCCCAUCAAGGCCCCCUAAGCCAGUCCAGAUGUCUGUAGGCAGUAACACAUCAGACUCACCAAGCAAGAAGAAAAUCAAGAAACCUCCAAUGCCACUGCCAACACUUGAUCCACCACAGCAGCAUCUUGCCCCUGUGUGUACUUGCCAUCACCCUCAGCAUCAGCAGAGGGUGGAUACCAACCCUUAUGAGAACUAUGAUGUUCCCAAGUCAUUACUUGGACACUCAUUCUUGAAGGAUCCCAAAGAUGAUGCAAAGCUCAAAGAUCUACACAGUAGGAUGUCAGUGACUACAGUCGAAUAUUAUGACACACCAAAGAAUGUGAAGGAGUGCCUGGCAGCAUCAGCGAGCGACCCGCAAUAUGGCAACUAUGACACCCCUCCUGCAGCAAUGACUCUGCGGAAGUCCUGUGGUUGUGUCAUCAAGUAUGCCAAGAAGUCGCUAGGAGCAGCUCCAGAGCCAGUCACCCCGUCCAAGGUGGAGGUGGUUGAGGACUCGAGAGGAGGGGACUGUCCAUGUCAGCGGGUCAUGUGUUGGGCAGAGAAUUGGAUGAUGUUGCCAUAUUGCAGACGUGGGAAUGGCAUGGAGAAUACAGGUGUCCCCAUUCACAAGGUGAAGCUCAGUGGGGAAGGCAAGAUGCCAGUCAUGAACCCAAGUGGGGAGAUUGCAAUCUAUGCCACCAUUGACAAGUCCAAGAAGGCUAACAGGCGUGACUGCUCCUGUCCACCACAGCAGCCUCAUCAGGAUGACUGUCCUCAGCAGCAGAUGGCCACUGAUUCACAAACAGAUGGAUCCAACUAUGUCAACGUGGAAGCUAGCGGAAAUGUUGUGGCGCCUAUAACUGAGGCACCGCAGAUCUGUGAUGCUGCUGCUUGUGGUCUCGACUAUGAAAAUAUUGAUUUUGCUCAGUCACUUGAAUAUUAUGAGAACUCCAAAGACUUUUUGCAGAGAGUUGGUAUAGACAAAGAAGCUACGGAGAGCAGUGAGCCACCCAUACCAGAAGUACUUGAGGCAGAAGAGGCUGUGUCAUACACAGUCACCAAUGGAGUGACAAUCUGUAAUAAGUGUGGCCAUGCCUGUCACCUCUACUCACCCCAGCAAAUUCCACAACAGCCCCUACCAGAAGGCAAUGAAGUGGAUGCUGGAGGGCAGCCAGCUGCAUUAGUGCAAAGUGCUGAAGCUAGCACCUGUAAGCAGGAUGACUACCUGAUGAUGGAACCAGCUAAGAAUUCAAACACCUGCUCUGAAGCUGCCAGGGUUCAUGGAAAAAACUUUCCAGGCUACUUGCCCAUGUCUCCCAUCACAAAUGCCACCUGUAGCAAAGCAGAUAUGCUAAAACUCAGGAUGGAUAGGGCAGGUCUUCCCUCCGAGAAGUCGGCCAGUAUCCCCAGCCUUUAUACCUCAGUUGGUUCAGCAAUGGAUAGGAGUCGAAAACGGUCAGAUUCUGAGUUCCCUAGAGUUCCAGGAUCUGCCAUGAUGAUGAUGCAUCACUCUGCCAACAGCCCGUAUAUGAGGCGACUCUUACAUGAGCCUGGAGACGAGAGUCACAGACUACACAUUGCCAGCAGACGCAGGUCAAGUUCUGCUGACUCCUCUAGGUACCUGGAUGAUCUUGAAGAUCUAGAUCAUUCUAUAGUUAUAGAAAGGGAUAUUGCCUCAUUACACACAAAGCUUGGUGACCCAGUUUAUGUCCAGAAGCCUCUGGUCCCACUGCCUAAUGAAAGUCUUGGUGAGAAAGAUAUAUUUGAAGUGCCACCUAGGCAUGAAGAAACUCCCAGUGUUGAAACUGUUGUGCCAGGUUCCAGUGUUGAAACUGUUGUGGCUGGUUCAGCUGUGGUGAUGCCAGAAGUUGAGGAUACUGUAGGAGAUGACAUAGCAAGUACAAGCAGUGGAAGUGGUUCCUUGAGGACGUUAGUCAGAGAGUGUCUGGCAGACACACCUCAGCCUCCAGUGACUGGAUCUUCAGUAUCGGCAGCUGUACAUAUCCGACGCUCAUCUAGUGUCCCCUGCAAGUCGGGAAACAAUCGGGACUCAUCAAGUUCCAAUGAUUCAGGUGUGUCAACUGGUUCGCUCAAGCACAGAGGUGCAGACUUUGCUGAGUUUGAGUUGCCAUUGACAACAUCCAUGUCCACCAGGAGGCACCACCAUGCCGUGCAGGCACGGAAUCAUGCUGGUAUGCCCCACACCAACUGUCUACAUGCCUCCCUACCCCGACGUUCUAAGUCCGUGGAUCCUCUCCGGGAAAUCACCUUCCAGUUUCAGAAGGUUAAGAUCCCAGCCAAAUCAUCAUCAGCUGAGGCAGAAGUACCCAUUUGUCCAGGGAAGAGGGACAGUUCUAAAGGGUUUUCAAGUCCUGGAGCUGAUGGAGCAAUUGUUGUCCCAUACAUGGACUCUCGCAGUACCAGCAGUGGGACAUCUGACAUGUCAGAUUACAUUGAGACCUUAUCCCUGUCAUCACACAGCUCGUCUGACACCCCAGACAGUCUCAGUAGGUUAGGGCGCCCAGCCACAACGACCUUGAGGCCACGGUCAGGGAAGGAGUACCAGCUUAUUGAUCGUUCCAUCCUGGAAGGGGACAUGAAGGUCCCAAUGGGUAGUGAAAAGGCUCCACACCAGUUGAGAGGUCUCGUCUCUCAGUAUGCCAACAUCACGCCUGUGCCAGAGAAAUCGGAGUCUCCGUCCCCUGGUUACAUGAGCAGUUCUCCAGGCCAAGAGAGAGAACAUCAGCCUCUCAUUCCACAUCCAUACAUAUGAGUCGUAGUAGGGAGGAACUCAGAUCAACAGCCUGGUGACGUAACUUGCUGAGAGAGUGAGUCGUGGUGUGUCAUUUGUGGAUGGUAUCUAACUGCCAUAGUUUCCUGUAUUGUUCUCUUCUCUUAGACGAAAGCUGGGUCCUGAAUUCUUUUGCUCGGUCACCACUUUCUGUUGUAAUCAGUCAUGUUACCUGCGGGUUGUUGGUCUGAGCUAGCUUUCUGCAAUACUGUAGCAGUAAGCAUUCUUACAGACUGAGAAUGGUACAUAUUUAGUCUAUAGUGUAUUCUAGUUCAGGAAUUACAUUGAACAGUGACAGCAGUAAUGAUCAUGUAUUGAAUAUUGUACUUCAUAAUAGACUUAGCAGUGUGAUUUUCAAUUUUUUUUUUUUUUUGUAAAUGAGCACAAACCACAAAGACAGCUUAUUGGCUGUUUGUAACAAUUAGCCUAAGGUACCGUUUUUUUUUCAAGUUAGAGAAAUGGAAAAUAAGAGAAAAAAAAAAGAAUGUUAUGCUCACUCGGUAUCAACAAGGUAUUUCAAAAUAUCCUGUCUCUGAGCUUAAGAACGUUGUCUUCAUGUUCACUCUGACCCCUUAUAUUUACUCCCUUCACCCUAACAUGUGCAUACUAUUUUGAUAAACCGCUCCAGAUGUAAGUAGCAAGCAGUUUGUAUGUAAUUACCUAUUGUACCUUCUUGUAAAUGAGCUGUAAGGAUUGGCUUUUGAUUUCACCCACUUGGGGUUCCAUAUGGGGAACUUUUUCUACUCUAAUAACCCCUGACUGAUGUUUUCCUGUUGGGACUAGUAUUUUAUGAAUCUAAUGAGUAGUACUGUAUUUUCUACUACCAGAACUUAAUGAUGGAAGAACUUUAGUAUGUAUGAGUGUAUGAUAGGUUUGUAUAAUCUUGUGUCGUGCUAGUCAUGUGUUUGGUUGAUGUUAGCUUUUUUGGUAGGAAUAGAAAAAGUUUGUAUUUGUGUCUAUUCAUAUAAUAACGAUAACUAAUAAUACCAAUAGCAUUCAUGUUUUUAAAUAACAGGUAAUAAGCUUAUUUAAAAAGCAUGAUAAAGGUUCUAAAAAUAUAGUCCUGUAAAUCAGGUAGUUAUCCCUACAUGUUUUCAUAGUUCCUCAACAAUUUAUGGGAUAUCUGACUGAAACAUUAAUACACACAGCAACGAAGAUAAGAACUCCAGGACACCUUGUGCCGAAGUACGCUGCCCCCAACCCCAACGGACAUGUGAAACCCCAGCUAUAACCCAGUGUCUGACCCCCAGAGGCACACUGGAACCUGCUAAUCAGCCGAAGUUCUUUAAUAAGUCAUUAAAUUUAGCCUUUUCCAUGUUUUUCAUGACCCAUUUGUUUUGUGACACAUAUCCGUACAACACUAAACAUCAGCGUGAGAGCGGGGCUGGUUACAUGUGUGAGAAAAAAAACAACACUGAAAUAAUUAAUUAUAAGGUUAUUAUCUAGUCAAAUAAUUUAAUUGUUUUAAUAGAAGUUCACUGAUUAAUAAUUGAAAUGAAGGUAAAGUCCCUGUGCUUAAUUAGUUAAGUGUUAUGUCAUGAAUAUAUAUGGGGUA